UGUAAACAACGAUUGAUUCUGAGGAGGCAAGGCUGUGUUGUGUUGUGAGUACCUCUGUGGUGGGUACUGUGUGUGACUCCGUGGUGGUGACUAAGCCUAGGAACUCCGCUGUGGCUGUGGUGAAGCUCCCUGGUGCACGAGUGGCUGUGGUCUAACACACACACACACACACACACAAGAGGAGGACAGCCAUCCGCCGCCAUGAGUUAUAACAGGGGUCGUGGGUUUGGAUUUGGUGGGUUCUCCUUUGCCAAGAAACAAGAGGCCAUCCCACCGCCACCCAAUGCCGCACUCAGCAAGCACGGCUACCACACUAUGACAGCCAUCAGCCAGAAUGCAAUAUCAGGUGGCUGUGGAUACGGACAACCACGCAAAAGACCGAGGGAUGAGGACGAGUACUUUGAUGAUGAGGAUGAGAGCUUUGAGGGAGCGUACCAGCCAGCACCGGGCAGCCCUGGACCACAGCGCAAGGAAUCCUCAGACUCAGAUGAGGACCCGUUGGAUGCCUUUAUGGCUGGCAUUGAACAGGAGGUGAAGAGGACGAAGGUGAAGGGCAGCGAGGACAAGAAGGAGAUGAAGGGAGUACGUGAUGACAUAGACGAGGAGGAUGAUGAGGAGUCCUAUUACAGAUACAUUCAGGAGAACCCCAAUGCUGGCAGGCAACAGGAAGACAGUGAGGAUGAGAUAGAGUACGAUGAGGAUGGCAAUCCCAUUGCCCCCAAGAAACCCAAGUACAUUGACCCACUGCCCCCCAUCGACCACUCCACCAUCCAGUACUCUGACUUCACCAAAAACUUCUACCAGGAACAUGAGGACAUCGCUGCCCUCGGCCCCGGACAGAUGCAUGAGCUGCGGACCAAACUUGGCAUUAAGGUCACCGGCUUUGAUGCGCCCAAGCCAGUCUCAAGCUUUGGCCACUUUGGCUUUGACGAAGCGCUGAUGAAGUCAAUCCGCAAGUCAGAGUACACACAGCCCACCCCCAUCCAGGCCCAGGCCGUGCCCAUCGCCCUCAGUGGCCGCGACGCCAUCGGGAUUGCCAAGACAGGCAGUGGUAAGACAGCAGCAUUUAUCUGGCCCAUGCUGGUUCACAUCAUGGACCAGAGGGAGCUGUCCCCCGGCGAGGGCCCCAUCGGUCUCAUCCUGGCACCCACCCGUGAGUUGGCACAGCAGAUCUACACAGAGGCACGCAGGUUCGGCAAGGUGUACAACAUUCAGGUGGUGUGUGCCUACGGUGGUGGCAGCAAAUGGGAGCAGAGCAAGGGGCUGGAGGCGGGAGCAGAGAUUGUCGUGGCCACACCUGGUCGUAUGAUUGACAUGAUCAAGAUGAAGGCAACCAACCUCCAGCGCGUCACCUUUCUUGUUCUGGAUGAGGCAGACCGAAUGUUUGACAUGGGAUUUGAGCCUCAGGUGCGGUCGAUAUGUGAUCACGUUAGGCCAGACCGACAGACAUUGCUCUUCUCGGCCACCUUCAAGCGCAAGGUGGAAAGGCUGGCACGUGAUGUACUGACGGAUCCAGUGAGGGUGGUGCAGGGUGAGCUGGGCGAAGCAAACCAGGACGUGACACAGAUCAUCAAGCUGCUUAACUCCAGCAACCACAAAUGGCUUUGGUUAACGAAGCACCUUGUGGAGUUCAUGUCGGAGGGCAGCGUUCUCAUCUUUGUCACCAAGAAGGCCAACGCGGAGGAGCUAUGCAACAGCCUCACCACCAAGGAGUAUGACGCGCUGCUCCUUCACGGCGACAUGAGCCAGUAUGAGCGAAACGAGGUGAUCACAGGGUUCAAGAGGAAGGACAAGCCCAUUCUGGUAGCCACAGACGUCGCCGCGCGUGGUCUGGACAUCCCUCACAUCCGAACUGUUGUAAACUAUGAUGUGGCGAGGGAUAUUGACACUCACACCCAUCGUAUUGGCCGAACGGGCCGUGCUGGGGAGAAGGGCACAGCGUACACCCUAGUGACGGACAAGGACAAGGAGUUUGCCGGCCACCUGGUGCGGAAUCUGGAAGGGGCGGCACAGGAGGUUCCUAAGGAGUUGAUGGAGCUGGCCAUGCAGAGUUCCUGGUGCAAGUCCAGGUUCAAGCAGGGCAAGGCCAAGGCACUCGGGGGACGUGGCCUUGGCUUCAGGGAGCGGCCGGGUCUGGGCUCCAAUCCUGUCAGUGAGGGUGCAGGUGGAGGUGGUGGCGGAGGAGGAGGGGGAGGUGGUGGUGGAGGAGGAGGUGCCAGUGAUGGGUUUGGUGGCAGUGGUGGUGGUGGAGGGGAUGGGUUUGGGGGCAGUGGUGGAGGUGGGGCUGGAGGCCCAGCAGCAGUAGGGCCAGCUGGUCAGGCAUAUGGUGGCGGUGACCCCAGCAUGACUGGGCCAGCGACCAACCGCCUGGCAGCCAUGAAAGCAGCGUUCCACUCCCAGUAUAAAAGUCAGUUCACCGCUGCAAGUGCCGACACCUCCUGGACAAUAGACCGACCCACACAGUCCCAGUCCAGCCAGCGCCGCAGAAAGUCAAGGUGGGAUGACUAGGUACCGCCAUCAGCCAGCUCUCUCUGUGACGGCAAUGGGCGGUGGAUGGCUGGCUGGACAAACACAACCCAGCCUUGCCCCUGCAGUAUUAUGUCUGAACUCUCCAUUGGAACAUCACAUCCUUACCCAUUACUGCUCCACCUCCUCCACUUCCUUCUUCUCCUCCUCAGUUGAUCCUCCUCCAGUCGUUUUGUGGCAGAGUGGUGAUUUUCAUGUGGUGAUUUGCCGAGAGUCAUUGGUUUUGUCUAUUGCAAGCCUCGUUGACCACUUGACUGUGUGUUUGGUGGGGAGGUAAUGUCUGUGUUCGUCUUCUUCCCGCCUGACUGUUCCUCAUAUUCCACUCACUCACUCACCUUUUAGGGAAUCAAAUUAUAGAUGAUGGGUUUAGGGCAGCCAGCUUGUCACUACACUGGAAAAUGGAUCGUGUGUGUGUGUGUGUUUGUAAUCUACAUAUUCGGAAUGGAACAGUGUAUCUUUAAAGUCAUAAUAUCUCUCUCUCUCUCUCUCUCUCUCUCUCUCUCUCUCUCUCUCUCUCUCUCUCUCUCUCUCUCUCUCUCUCUCUCUCUCUCUCUCUUUUCCAGUAAACAUUUUCAAGGGAUUUUCUCAUGUAGUGAUACUUGUUACUUACAGCCAGCAGGUCUUUGUAAUAGUUGUGUGGAGACAACACCAUGUCUUUAUAUACAGUCUAUGUACAUUAUGUGGUUCACCUAAAGAAAGAUACCUCCUCCUCCUCCUCCUCCUCUUCCACCUUUGCUCCACCCAAGGCAGACAGGAUGAGCACUACUUAAGAUGCAGCACUCAUUUUGGUGUUUAGAAGCAGCUGAAAACAUCUCACUAUGAGGAGAGGUGUUCCUAAACAUCCUUGUUGAUCUUUACCUGUCAAGCAAACGUCCUUUAUUCCUAUUUGUGUUGAGUCUGUUAGUCUAUAUUUAUAUUUUGUCCCUCCAGUUAGGUGGCUGUGAGAAAGAGUGUUCUUUUAUGCCUCUUCCAGACACAGAUCUUGUAUCUUCCCACACUUUCUUCCAGCAUCUAAAGUGUCAUGUUUCCCAGUUGUUAGUAAUACCUGUUCCUCAAGGCAAGGAUAUCAGAGCAAGUCCUGAGCUUCCUUCUCUCUCCUGAACCCUCCAUCUCUUCCAUUGUUGGCUCAAGGUUGCCUGUUUGAAAGCCCUGCAUGGCAUCACAGCUGUACCGCAUCACACCAGCUUGCCUACUGUUGUGUCCUCUACCCUUGUUCAAAAAAAUGCCUCGGGUGUAGCUCUUGACUUCCUAUUGUAUCACUUUACAUCCUGCUUGUCGCACCUGUUCCUUCCCAAGUGGCAUUAAAAGUGUCAAAAGUGAUGUGACAUGUUUCCAGAAACAAAGCAUUCAAGUACGUACUUGCCAAGGUGUGCCUCAGCUAAGGUGCCAUUAAAACAGUCAUCAUCCACCAGGUGUCAGCAGAGCACCUUGUACAUACCUUGGUGGUGAAUAGAAAAGUAGAUACUAUCAUGCAACUUAAUCUUUCUGUCAACACCUUAUGAGGCUUGCCAAGGCUCAUCCAUCAUGUGUGGUAGAUGGUGAUUGAUGUGGCUGUUGUACCUCCUGAGUGAGGCCAACCCAAGUGAGCAUAGAAAUGUCACAGGAUUGGCUGAAAAGAAACUACUGAGGACACAUUGAGGGAAAGACUGAUUCCUUGGUUGUUUGUGUGUACCUGAAAAGACACUAAAUAUCCGAAAGUAUGUGUAUCAGACAGUGACUAGGAAACAUAGUGAGGAUAAGAGAAAGCAGGGGAGAAAUGAUUGUAUUUUAGAGUAGUAAGGAAUUUUUUCUUUUAGGUGUGUGUGUGUGUGUGUCAGGUAAUGCCUGGAUGUGUGUAGCUACUAUAACAUUGAAGAUAUUAUUAGGUGAAAGUGAAAAGACAUGAUACAUCUACAGACAUUAUCAGUAAAAGUUAAGAAGGAAACUAUGUCAAUACAGGACACUGAUGUAAUCAGUUGCAGUUUGAGACAUGCCAUGCCAGCCCCUCCCUUCCCAUGGUGACUGUCUUCUUCCUGGUACAAGCAGGUGCAGAAGAAACACACUUGCUCACCACACAGAGCAGGACAUAAGCUGACCCACACAUUGCUAGCCAGGUGUUGUGCUGGUGAGGUGGUCAGCUGGACUGUGAGUGUGACUGAGAGUUGACUGGGUCUGUGAAAUUAUUCAUUUAUGACUCACUGUUUCUGUGAACUUAUCAAUUUGUGUGCACUAAGUGGAAAAAAAGCCUUGAGGUUUUACUUAUUAGUGAAUGUGUGUGUGUGUGUGUGUGUGAGUGAGUGUGAGUGCAGUGGCACAUGUUUGCAGUGUUUUGGCUGCUCAACUGAUGACAAGGCAUAAAUAACAUUGAUGAUUACAAAGAUAAUAAAAAGUAUUUAACAUAGUUUGUACGUACUCUUACAGAACUGUUGUUUUGACUUUGGCAAAUGUUAGGUUCUGUGUUACUGCUUGACUUUGUGAAGUCAUUAAAGUAUAGAAAAUUG